AUGGUCCGAAGAUGUUCUAAACAGACAGAGAAGGUUAUUGAAAAUGCCAGUGGCAUAGCAGCUUUGUUACUUUCUAAGGUGAGGACUGCACAUUCAAGGUUUGGAAUACCCAUUCAUGUUACCGAAGAUUCAAUGUGUAGAGGAAUAGAACCUAAUAGAUCCUUGGCAGACCUCAUUAAAAGAACUAAGCUUAUCAUUUGGGAUGAGGCUUCAAUGACUACCAAGCAUUGCUUUGAAGCCCUGGAUAAGAGUUUACGCGAUGUCAUUCGUUGUCCUAACGGUAAACCAUCUAAGUUAUGCUUUGGCGGCAAAGUUGUUAUCUUUGGUGGUGAUUUUAGGCAAGUUCUGCUAGUGAUCCAAAAGGGUACGAGACAUGAUAUUGUGUUCGCUACACUCAACUAUUCAAAUAUUUGGAAUGAUUACAAGGUGCUACGGCGUACAAAGAACAUGAAAUUGCUACCAGGAUUAGCUAAUGUUGAUGAACUACAAGAAUUUUUAUAUUGGAGUUUCAAAGUUGGGGAUGGGAAGCUUGGAAGACCUAAUGAUGGAGAGACUAUUAUAGAUAUACCCCAAGAUUUAUUAAUAAAGGAUGCAUAUGAUCCAAUAGCUGCAAUAGUUGAUGCAACAUAUCCUGCAACAUAUCUAUUCAACUGA